AGCAUACAGCGCGCAGGCCCGGCGGCGGUGCGUGGAAGGGCGUUUGAACGGUGGCGGGUACCGGGGCCCCGCGGUGCUGCGCCGCUCCGCUCCGCGCCGCUAAUGGAGCCCGUCCUGAAAGGUAUUUCCGCAUUUGUAGAAGUUUGGUCAUCUAACAGAACAGAAAAUUACUCGAAAACCUUUGAACAGCAACUUCUUGAUAUGGGAGCAAAAGUUUCAAAAACUUUGAACAAGCAUGUGACCCACGUAGUCUUCAAAGAUGGACGUUUGUCUACAUGGAGAAAAGCACAGAAGAUGGAUGUAAAAAUAGUUUCUGUACUCUGGGUGGAGAAGUGUCGAGAAACUGGAGUACAUGCUGAUGAAUCCUUAUUUCCUGCAGUAGACACUAAUGAAGGAUUACCACUACUAAUCAAAAAACACAAAUGUAUGCAGCCAAAAGACAUUGUUGAAAAAAAUCCAGAAAAUGAUAGAAGGCUGCAGAGAAGACUGGAUGAGAUGGCUAAAGAAUUAGCUGUACAAAAGACAGCAAUUAAUGCUGAAACUGAUGUACCAGUUUUACUAUUUGAAGACAAUGGUUCACUUGUAUACAGCCCUGUUAAUAAGAUAAAAGAUCGAUGCAGUCCAAGGGAAAGAAGAAUAAAGGAGAUGAAGGAAAAAAGAGUAAAUCUUUCUCCUACUGCUUCACAAAUGUCUCAAAUACCUCCAAGUAGUUCCCCAGGAGACUGCCCGCUGUCUACUCGUGUCUUAACUAAUUCAGAAGAUGCAUUGUUACCAGGAGAACAAAUGGAAGACUGCUUGAACUCAAGUUAUGAUUAUAUUUGGGGAACUGAUAAAUUGAAGAGACAGAAAACAGAGGCAAUAAAACAUGCCUGUGAUACUUGGACCGGUAUUCAUUUAUCCAUGAGUGCAUCGGUGAAUUCUCCCUCAUAUAGCUAUGAGCAGAAGAGCUUAACAUCAAAACAAGAUAGCAGAAGAAGCUUAAAGAAACCGAUUUUGCAGCAUAAUUUGAACGAUAAAUUGUCUUUAGAAAAGGAAGAUCUAAAAAAGUUUCCAAAGAAAAAUCAGAAGGAUGAAAAUAGCAUGACUACUUCAGUUGCAAGAGAAAGGUCCCUUCUCCACAUCAAGGGCUUGGGUGAUAUUACUCCUUCCAAAAAAAUAGUCAAGUUAAAUACUGUUCCUGCUUUGAUUGGCAGUCUCUCUAAUUCACCUAUGAACAGUGAAGACUUAAAUUCGUGUUCAUUGGAUAGAAGCUUCCCUGUUGACAGAAACAAUUGUAUUCUUGAAGACAAGAAGAGGAAGAAAGUACAAGCGCUAUCUAGUUUGAAACUGGCUACUUCAGAACUGGGUUCAUCAGAGUCUAAAGAGUUCUUGCAGGCAGUAACUACAUACAGCAAGUCUUUCUGCACUGAAGAGGCAUCUUAUGAAGACUUCUUUUCAUCCUCUGAUUUGAAUGAAGAUGAGGUACAGGUACAAGUACCAAAUGAAUCACAGAAUCCUCCUGAAGUCUGUUGCAAAGAUUCUUUUACAAGCGUGGACUCACUUAAUGUGAGUUUCUCUAAGCCACAUACUACUUCCAAGAAAAGUAGGAAAAGGUCUAUUCCAGCAAAUAGUGUUUCAGUAAAGAAAAACUUCAAACCAGCUGAACAUCCUGGAAGUGUGCCAUUAAAUUAUAUGUCAGAUGGCAAAAAAGCUGACACUGCAGAAGCUCUAGAUUCUGAUAAUGUGAAUAGGCUGCCUCAGCAGGCUCAUGAAAAAUCCUACAGAACUGAUGUGAAUUACUGUACUCACACUACUGGUGAUGAAAAUGAAGUUUCAGAGUGUCAUGUUACUGAUGGCUCUUGCAAAGUUUUUAAUGAACAAAGGAAAAAGCACGAUGGGGGGUUAAGAAAAACUAGAAGACUCCAAAAGCCAACAAGGACACUAGUUAUGACGAGUAUGUCUUCUGAGAAGCAAAAUACAGUAAUUCAGGUGGUGAAUAAACUUGGAGACUUUUUGUUCUCAGAUGAUGUAUGUGAAACAACAAGUCAUGUAGUUACAGGGAGUCCUCGUCGUACCUUGAAUGUUAUGCUGGGAAUUGCUCGUGGGUGUUGGAUUGUUUCUUACGAAUGGGUUCUGUGGUCUUUGGAAUUGGGCCAUUGGAUCUCAGAGGAACCAUAUGAGCUUUCAUCCAUCUUCCCUGCAGCUCCUAAGGGUCUGGCUCAGUCUUCUCUGUGUCCUCCAUCAGGCAGUUGUAGACAGCAGUAAGGUCUCCUCUUCCCCUUCUCUUCUCCACGCUGAAAAAGGCCAGCUCUCUCGGCCUCUCUUGGUAUGUUGUGUUCUUCUUGGUAUGUCGAGUUCCUUUACUAGCUUGGUGGCUGUCUGCUAGCCUUGCUUUUUUAAGACAUUUCUUAGAAAUUCAUGAAAGCAAUUUUGUGAAGGAUUUUUUUUUUUUUUUAGUUUGGGAUAUGUAUAUCCUUAGACGUUUGCUAGGAGAAACAAUAAAAUACUAAACAGUAAUCUUAAAUGAAUUGAGAUUUUUAUGCGACUCUUCAGAUGAUGACUGUUAAUUUACAUUUGUUAGGUUUAUUUAAAAUCAGAUCAUGAAGUAAUAUUGGAAGUAUUUUGUGUCUCUGCUACCCUUCAGUAAUGCUGACACACAUUUUCAGUGAAGAAGAAUGGUGGUGGAGUGGUGGGGUACUCUGACAGCAGCUUUAAUAACUGUCAGUAUAAAAUGAAGAGUUUUCUUCCAUCUUUCUCAAAAACAUUUACUGUUUUUUAAGACACAAUACCUUUUGUUAAGUAAGCCUCCAGAAAUGUUGUCUGGGGUUUUUGUUUUGUUUUGGUAUGAGAUAUGUUCUUGCCUUGUAACUAAUUCAGUCAUCUGCUGAAAUUAGAAUUUUACAAAAAUAUUACUUUAAGGCAAAGACUAAGCAUGAGAAUUAAAACCUAAAGUU